CUUUUCUAGAAAAGUGACUGCUCUCCCUGCCUGAUGUUAAUGACAUUGCUGUAUAAGUACGGGCAGCUCUUACACUUCUCCAGAAAGAAAGCCUUGCAUCAGAUACUAUAUCUGCAAACAUGAAGAUUGCCCUGCUGUUUUUGUUUGAGACUAUAUUGCUUGUCAGUACAGAGAACUCUGCAAGUUCACAAGAACAACAUAACAAGGAAACAAAAGAGAAUGUAUUUUGUCCCAUUAAACUCAGACCCAGCGGUCAGUGUGGGGAUGGGGAGGAAUGCCCAUACCAGGUAACCUUGCCACCUCUGACCAUAGAGCUACCAAAACAGUUCAAAAUGCUAGAGAAGACAAUGAAAGAGCUGCAGAAUCUUAAAGAAGUUGUGAACAAGCUGAAGAGCUCCUGCCUGGAGUGCAAGCAGCAAGCCGAUGAGAGCCUGCAAAAGGACAGCAGUGAAGUGCCAGGACAUGAAACAGCAAACACAGGGAGACCUGGGCAAAAGCAUGACCCUAACAUUCAUGAGCUGCAAAACAAAAUGUACAAGAUGUCUAAUAGUUUAAAGAACGCAAGGAACCAGAUUAUCACAUUGCAGGGUCGCGUGGAAGAGAUGAGCCUCCUGAACAUAAAAAAUGUGGAGGCUAUGGUAGAUGGUAAGGUGGAAAAUCUAACUGGGGUUGUGAACAAAUUAAACAACAAGUGUUCCAGUCAGUGUGAGGCAGAGACCCCCAAACUAUCUGCAAUAAUAGCACCACGAGAUUGCUCUGAUUAUUUCUUGUUGGGAGAGCAGAAGAACGGCCUCUACAAAGUCACACCUGACCCCAGAAAUAGCACCUUUGAUGUUUAUUGUGACAUGGAAUCUUAUGGAGGAGGGUGGACUGUGCUGCAGCAUCGUCACAACGGCAGUGUUAGCUUCAACCGCACCUGGAAAGAGUACAAGAAGGGCUUUGGGAACUUAAAGGGAGAGUUCUGGCUGGGGAAUGACAAGAUUCACCUGCUGACCAAAGCCAAAGAUAUGAUCCUCAGAAUUGAGCUGGAGGACUUUGGAGGUAUACGGGAGUAUGCCAAGUAUGAACAGUUUUAUGUUUCAAAUGAGUAUCUCCAGUACCGCCUGUCUGUGAGUGGCUAUUCCGGUACGGCUGGAGAUGCCUUGCAUUUCAAUAAGCAUUACAACCACGAUCACAAAUUCUUCACCACCCCAGACAAGGACAAUGACAUGUACCCUUCAGGGAACUGUGGGGCCUACUACAGUUCAGGCUGGUGGUUUGACGCUUGCAUGUCUGCAAAUCUCAAUGGAAAAUACUAUCACAAAAACUACAAGGGGGUUCGGAAUGGGAUCUUCUGGGGCACCUGGCACAGUCUGCCUGAUGAACACCCAUCUGGCUACCGACAAGCUUUCAAAACUGUAAAAAUGAUGAUCCGACCCAAAAACUAUGCACCAUAGAAUCAAUCCGCUCAAGAGCUCAAAAUAUAGGGUGUACUAGAGCAACGCAAAAUGCCUUUCCUUGAUAAACACUUUAGCAAUAUAACCCUUUUUGAUACACAUUUGGUUCUCUAAAGUUCAGAAACGUUGGCUUUGUUGAUAGGCUAUUGUGGGAAAAAAAGAAUGUUUGUUAGGAAAAAAAAGUUUAAAAAGUUUUUGUUUGUUUAUCUGGCAUUUAGUCUUGGAUUUUUCUCAAACAUCUGCAAUGUUUUAAUUUAAUGGUUAUGACAAAAAAUACUUCAAAGAUAAAUAAAGACAAUAAUAACAUUUUGUUAUUAACAUGAUGAAUGCAAAUACUUUUUGUACUUACUAUUAGAAUGCCACAAUCUUUCAGAGAACAAAUACAAGGGAUGUAUAGGCCAAAAGUGCAUGCUUUUAUGCCCACUAGAUAUCUAAAAUUAUUAUUAAAAGUCAUAAGAACUCAAUUAGGAUUAAAAUUAAGCAAUUACACUCCUGCUGGUUUAAUGUGAGGUGUAAAUUAAAUGAUCAGGCUUUUUAACCAGAAUAGCUUUUUUGAUGUAUUCCUAGCUUAGCAUCGGUCAGACACAUGCCAUAAAUAUAACAUUUAUAGCAAAACCAACAAAUAGAAAAUCGACCUAAGGCUAUAGAACACCAUGACUAAAUAUAUAUGAUAGCAAGGUUGUACAGUGAUCAUUAAGUGGUCAUUAAGAAAGUCAAAAAGAAUAGCCCAGGUUUAUGUAAUAUCAUUUUACAUUUGAAAUAAUGCCUGUAUUUGGAAGACAAUUUGAAAGGACAGAAAAUGUAAAUAAGUAUUUUAAAGCAAAAGAGCACUCCUAUAUAACACAGCCCAUUACAAUUAUGUGUAUUACUGUAUUUCUAGAAAAAGUUCCAUGUGCAUAAUUAUGUAUAUUAGAUGAUGCUGAUAUAAACUUAUAAUAUAUUUUGCUAAACAUGUUUUUUUAUUACUAUUUUUUUAAUGCAAUUUUCCUUUUUUGAUUAAAAUGAUGUUUUGAAAACGAUGGGUUGAAAUAAAGAAAAAAGAAAUGUACAGUAUUUAUUUUAGAUGGAGGACUGAGAUAUAACAGAAUAUAUAAAGUACUAAAUGUGAUGUGUUACUUGGGUUGAUAAGCUUUGGCAACAAACAGGAAAUGACUAUAGAUGAUAGGCUAGUAUUACAUAAUUAUGAUGCUGUGAUCCUUAUUUCAUGCAAAUAAAUAAACUAUUAUAACGAUACUGUAGCUGAUGUUUUUUGGGCAAUAAGGCAGUUUCAGCAAAAUGUAUGUUGCAAUUAUUAUUUUUUUGGUUAUUACGUUAUCCUUUAAUUUGCUAUAAAAAUACCUGCACCAUAAUUACAUUUACUAGCCCAAUGUGUUUUUGAAGUGUGUCAUAACAGGUUAAUUAACCCCUAAAGUAACACCUGGACAGAUUCAUAAAUAUACUGUAGAACAGUAUUCGACAAAAAGUUGUACUGGAUGCUAAAAGAAAAAAUAGAAACAUCUGCAUUUGCAAAGCUUUACCUGAGUAGAGUUGGGAAUACUGUACACUAGUAACAGUGAGGAAUACUGGAUACUGGAACAAAUGCUGUGGGUGGUUAUAUUUUGUACAGAGCUUUUAUACUGGCUACAAAUAUUGCUGAUUGUUAUAAAAAAAAAAUCAACAACAUUAUAACUGUUAUUUAAGGUGACAGAAUAAACAUUAUAACAUAUCUAUGUA